GAAUUUUGACAGUUUCUCCCGAAGUUUGACAGCCGAUUUGUUGAUGUUGAUGUGCAUAUUAUCGGGUGUUUUGGUUUCUUUCUGGUUUGCUGAAACAAUCGAAAAUUAAAUACAGCAGCACAAUUGAACAAUCGCUUAAAGCCGAAACGCCAAAUGAGACGUAAAUCAAGCUUCUCUCAGCAGCACAUAUAUACGUGAAAAGCACAACAAUUCGUCGGUUUUAUUCAAUCAGUAUGUACUUCCGAUGGAGGAAGACCUCAGUUAUUACGUGUACAUCUCACUAACGCUCAUUCCCGUGUAUCUAGCAUUCAAACUCGUGCAAUGGAUGGACUGGGAGUUAUUUGUGAAUAAUUAAGUGCGCGCUAGAAGAAAGAAGGAGAGCGCAAAAGACACUAAUAAAAUGUGAUUACCAAAGUCAAG